UCUGCUCCGGCGACGACCGGAGGCGACGGGCUCGUGCGAGGCGGAUCCGCGGAGCUACUUCUCUCGUCACCUUCCUCCCUCUUCGCUUUUCUUCUCCUCUCACGUAUUUCUUCUCUCACGUAUUUGGGUCUCCCCCUCUCAGCAGAUGUGAUUGUGUGUGGGGAGGAGGUGAGCAAUGGCGACCAGGGAGGAGCAGCCUCACCGGCUCGGCCUGAGGAUUCGGCGGCGCCGGCAGACUCCUCCACGAUUACCUGCAAGAGCGUGCAAAGGGCAGCACCAUGUACGGAUUCAAGGGAGGCCCAGCUGGGGUCAUGAAGGGCAAGUACGUCGAGCUCAAUGCGGAUUUCGUCUACCCAUACAGGAACCAGGGUGGAUUUGAUAUGAUCUGCAGUGGAAGGGACAAGAUUGAAACACCAGAGCAGUUCAAGCAAUGCAUUACCAUUUUCAGAUCAUUGCCAGCAAGAAAAAGGCUCUGGAUGUCCAGGAGUUUCUUACACCACAGCAUUAUUGUUCGUGGAGUCCAUUGUUGUUGCAGGCUACGAGCUGCAGCGAGGGGCUGCAACCUGUCGGCGUGA